AAACCCUCAGCGCCGUGUGGGAUUCUCGACUGCGGUCCUGUUCAUCUUCCUCGUCCUUCCGUUAAUCAAUUUCCCUCAACGCCUUCGCACUCUUCAAUCCUCCAUUAACCCCAUUAAUGGAGUCCGUUGGCUUCCUCCUUCGGAUCUCUAUAAAACCUCCACUUCACGACAUUGGAUUUACAUGCAAACUUCCUUUUCCUCUCUCCAAUCUAAAUCGCGAUGAAGAAUACUGGUUCAAGCGACUCUGUGACCUCGAAAUGCGAUGCGGCGGCCCUCUCUGCUCCGGUCAAAACCGGUGACCAAUCCGGUGUUCAUUCCGGCGUUGUCCCUUCGGUGAAUCCAGCGGUCUCGACGGUUGUCUCCGCCGGUUCGGUGAACCCAGUCGUCAACUCCGAUGGCGUUUCCGGCGAUGUGAAUUCGGUGAAGCCAACCAAAGGUGCGCCGGUCUCUUCCAGUCCAGGCAAACAGGUCGUCAAGACCGGUGCUUCUUCGGGUGUAAGAAUCGGCGUCAGGAACAAAACAGCUCUCUCCGUCGGUGAUAAGGGCAAAUCCAUUGUCUCCGGCGAGGUGGGCGAGGUGAUCUCCUUCAGAGAUGUUACCUUCGGACCCCACGAAGGCGAAGUCCGGUUCCGGCUGAUCCACUUCUGGGAGGCUUGGAAUAUUCAGACGAAGGUCCUGAUCGGUGUCGAGAUGCUUCUCAUUGACGAAGAGGCAAAUGUGCUUCAAGGAUUCAUCCCCCACUCGAGGAUGGAGAUCUUUAUGCGUCACAUACGAGCAGGAGCAACCUAUCGGCUCCAUAAGUUCUUCGGGUCAAGGAGCAAGCCUGGAUUCCGGGUUGCUUCUUCUGAAGUGACUAUAAGUCUGUCAUGGAACUCUGUCCUCUCUGUUCUCGAGGAUAGCUCCAUCUGUUUCCCUACGGACCGGUUCCGGAUUCAUGGGUACGAAGAGUUUGAUGCAGCAUGUGACAUGAGAGGUGGUCUCUAUGAUUAUCUUGGGCACAUCAAGCUUGUGAAUGGGAUGGUUCCUACUGACAGUUUCCAGAUUGAUGAGGCAGAGUUAGCUGCAUCUCGCCGAGUUGAUCUCCAUGUUCAGAAACAUGAUGAACCCGUGCUGAAGCUAUGCCUCUGGGACAAGGCAGCCUUUGAUUUUUGUGCCAAGUUUAAGGCGUCUGGAGGCAAAGCCCGUGUCAUCUUAGCCACCACUUUGAACCCCAGACGUUAUGGAGUUGUCUCUCUAUCGACUAUGGCCUCCUCGCGUGUUUUCCUUGACAGUGACGUCAAAGAAACCGAAGACUAUCUCACUUGGUUGGAGUCCAACUUGGAUGUUGCGAAUCGAGUUAAUGCGGAGGCUGUGAUAAAGCCUGAGCCAGCAACCUUGGAGGAACUCUUCUCUUACAUGAGGGAGGCAUCUGCUAAGGUUGCUUGGUUUGAGUGCACAGCAACCAUUGAUGAUGUUGUGCAUGGAUCUGCAUGGUAUUACAUAGGAUGUGGUGUUUGCCACACAAAGGCCAUUAAAGGACCAACCACUCUUAUGUGUAAGAAGUGUGGUAAGAGUGAGAUCGAUGGUGUGGCAAAGUACCUGUCCAAGUUAUCUGUCUAUGAUAGGAGCGAGCAAGCAGUGUUUGUAAUCCUUGGUGCUGCCGGUGAGGAGUUGACUGGAAGGAAAGCUUCAGAGCUGGUUGAGAGCUACUACCAGGAGAAUGAAAGUGUUGGGGUGGAUGCCAUGGUCCCGGUGCCUCAAGCAAUGCUUGACACCAUUGGUCAGACACGGAAGUUUAUUGUGAAGGUUUCAAGUCACAACUUGGCGGGUAAGACGAGAACUCUGACCGUGACGAAGGUGCUCCCCCUAGGAGUCGGCAAUGUGGAUGACCGUGGUGGUGAGGAGGAAGAGAAUGCAGGCGAGUUGGGCAAAAGGGAUGCUGAGGUGAUUGAGUCUAGCGGUGCCAAACGCUCCAAGAGUGGCUAAGGAAGUCCCAUUGUGGUUUCAUUUUGGCUUAGUGCUAUACUUAGUACUAUGCUUUAUUUCUGUUUUGUUGGAUUUUGGUGUUUGCAACCUCAUUGUUGCUUAAGACUACCUUUUCUUUUUCAAUAUCGUUUGGAAUGUCCUUUGGAGUUUUAUAACAAGCUUUGUUAUAAUCUCUUUUGGUAGGAUUAUCUAUAAAAACUUGGCUUUCUAUGUUUUAAA